CUCUUAGUGCACGUGACGGUCAGCUGACUCCACCCGGAAGCUCUGAGAAAGCAGACAACCACAACAACAAACCUUCAAACUUGAAUUUUACAGUUAUUGGGAUAGUUAAUCAUGGAGUCGACCCUAGAGCAGCAUCUUGAUGAUACAAUGAAGAAUCCAGCAGUUGUCGGAGUGCUUUGUACGGAUCAACAAGGACACAACCUGGGCUGCCGCGGUUCCCUGUCUGAUGAACAUGGCGGUGUUGUUUCUGUUUUGGCCAAACAAGCCGCAGCUCUCACCAGAGACCCAACAGACUCUCCGACUGUGUGUCUGGAGUCUGACUCCGGAAACAUCCUGGUGAGGAGUCAUGGCACCAUCACAGUAGCUGUUCACAAGAUCGCAUCUUAAAGACUCACCCAGGAAUGUUUAUUGUAAAAAAGAAAAAAAAGUACAUGUAAACACACCAACGUAUGAUCACAUAAACAUGAUGUAUUUAGACAAAGGUCUUCAGGUCAAAGAGUAAGAUGAGUCUCUAGUAUAUUCAGCUCCCAUAUUUAUACCAGACUGCUUGCUAAUUUUCUAAUACAUGAAGUGUGAUUUCUUGCUUUUUUUAAAUUAAUAUACAUCAAUUUGUCAGUAACGCUAUUUUAUUGAUGUCGUGUACAGAAUAGGCCCUGUAUCAUGUGGUUUACAGUAAUGUUGAUGGUGUGUGUGUGUGUGUGUGUGUGGGAGAGAGAGAGAGAGAGUGUGUGUGUGUGACUUUUUGUUGACAUCCAUAUCCUUUAAUCCAAGCCACUCAUUCACAGGAUAACAACCCUUAAUAAACUUUAACUUGA